CGAGGACGAGGCUGCACGAGCGCCGAAGCGCGUGUAUCGAGCUUCGAGAUCGCAACGAGCGCACGUAAUCUGCUUCAUCCGCCGAUCUUUUUAAGCGCAGCCAUGGAAGAUAGUCAGUUCUUCACCGGUGCCGGUGAACAGUCACAGCUGCUUCUGAGCAGCACAGCCGACAGCAGCUUAGCCGCCUCAAAGGAUGAUGAGGCUACCGGCAUCGGACGAUUCUGCUUGGUAGCAUUCUGCUUGCUUUUCGUUGUCUUGGUCGGCGUUCUGGUGGUCGUCUUCCUGAACUCUGAUUUCCGUGAGGAAAAAGUUGACAAUACUGAUGAAGACAUCUUUGGCGGCAGCGACGGUGGUAGCCGAACUGGUGGGAGCGGAGGAAGUACAUCAAGGCGGACACCACUCCCUGUGUAUUUAACGCCCCGCACGACAGGAGAUCAGAGGAGGACAGUUCCACGAGGACAGGCACGCCCUGGAGUACCAGCAGUUCCUGUAGUACCGGCCACCCCUGGAAUGCCCGUAAGCCCUGGAGCACCGACAGAACCUGGAGUAACGGCAGGCCGUGGAGUACCCGCAGGCACUGGAGUUCCGGAAGGCCCUGGGGUAACGGCGGGUACUCAACCACCAGCCCGUCCUAGAGUACCGAUAACCACCCCACCCCUGACCACCAGUAGAAUGUUAACAAGCAAACAUACGAGCCCGCCUACCAUGCCGACUACAACAUCUACUCCAAAAAUUACGACUACGUCGAUACCAAUAAUGACAGUGGGUCCCAAUACGAAGAGGCCACUGCCGCUCGACUCGCUGAUUUGCACACUAGAAUCGCCAUUCGGAGGGUCUCUUUUGAGAAUCCCACCAGACGGGCUUUGCUCGAUUGUGGUGGCCUACCCGUUCUACGAUCCUGAUGCCUUGGAACUCUUCCAAACGAAGAAGUACUCGUCCAAAGGUUUUGACAUCCUCGUGGAGAAGGCCGGAAAGCAGAACAAGACGGAGUUUGGAAUCGGCAUCUCUUACAAGUUUUGUAAGAGCGUUGCCAACAUGACAGCAAUUGCCAACAAUCCCAAGACCAAGACAACACUGGACUAUUUGUGGACUAAGCGGUUUUACCACUACGGACAAGUUAACCCUCCUCUAGCAAAUUAUGGCGGAUCCGUAAAUGAAGUCAACAUCAACUGUGUCAAAGGACUACAGAUGCUCUUCAAUUUGAUGAAAGACAAAAAUGACAACGUCAAUCGCCCAAGUUACAUCAUACACUCCUUCCCUUUGUUUGCUCCCGGAAAUUUUCCUAACCUUGGCCAGGCAUUAAG